AUGUUGGUUCAUGUAGUUUGGUGGGACGAGCCAGAAGAGCAAGAUCGCGAAAACCCUAUGAACUGGUCUGCGACGAAAAAAUGGGCCAACAUUCUGACGAUUUCCGUCAUCAGUUUCCUGGUGCCACUCGUGUCAUCGGUAGUCGCGCCAGCAGUAGAGCUGAUAUUGGUGGAUUUCCACUCCAGCUCGACAAUAUUUCCAACCUUUGUGUUGUCGAUAUUUGUGCUAGGCUUCGCUGUCGGACCACUACUUCUUCCUUCAUUGAGCGAGCUGUAUGGCCGUGUCAUUGUCUACAACGUCACGAAUGUGCUCUUCGUCGUGUUCACCAUCUUGUGUGCCGUCUCACACAAUGAAGCGAUGCUCCUUGGCUUUCGCUUUCUAUCUGGGUUCGCAGGUGUGGCCACAAUAUCGAUCGGCCCGGCGAGCAUUGCAGACAUUAUGCCUCGGGAGAAAAGAGGAAAGGCUGUGUCACUCUGGGCUGUAGGCACCGUGAUUGGCCCAAUGGUAGGCCCCAUCAUUGGUGGUUAUGUUACAGAGGUUCUCGGUUGGAGAUGGAUCUUCUGGAUCAUCUCAAUUAUAGCCGGCCUCGUCACAGUUGUCGCUCUAGCCAUUUUAAGAGAGACAUACCCUCCAGUGCUACUCGAAAGGAAGGCAAGCCGACUCAGGAGAGAGACUGGGAACGCCAACUACCGGUCGAGGCUCGCCUCCGACUUAGGCCUCCAGGAGCUUGUCAUACGAAGCAUCAUGCGACCCUCCAAAAUGCUACUCCUUUGUCCAAUUGUUACGGCUAGCUGCAUCUACAUCUGUGUGUUGUACAGCAUCAUCUACAUAUUCUUCUCAACAUUCUCAAUUAUAUUUAAAGAGGCUUACGACUUUUCUACUUUUGAAUCCGGGCUAGUGUUUAUAGCCUGUGGCAUUGGGACUUUGUCAGGGCUUGCUUACCUGGGAUACUUCAGCGACAAGGCAUUAGAGAAACGGGCACGCGCUGGAAGGAUGAUUACGCCGGAGGACCGGCUACCCUUCCUAGUUACAGUACCUGGAGCCUUAAGCUUUUCACUUGGGAUAUUUGUGUAUGGCUGGGGAGUGGAAAAACAUGUUUAUUGGGCCGUUCCUCAAGUUGGAACGGCCAUGACAGGUUUCGGUUACAUUCUAAUAUUUACAGCUGUCCAAACCUAUCUCAUCGACGCAUUCGAGGAUCACUCUGCUAGUGUUAAUGGGGCUAAUGCGGCGCUCAGGGGUCUUGCCGGGGCUCUUAUUCCUCUCAGCGGCCUGGACUUGUACGAGGCACUGGGAUGGGGAUGGGGGAACUCCCUACUGGCUUUCAUCGCACUUGCUCUUGCACCACUUCUCUGGAUCUUGGAUGUGUAUGGUGAGAGGAUUCGGAAAACACAGCUAUUCAAGUUAAAGCUCUAA